AUGGCAGCCUCCGACGACCUCAUCAACUUCGACAUCAUCGAAGCGCAAAAAGAAAACAUUCAAGCGCUGCCGAGCGGACGCUCCGCCAAAAAGUUGGCCGAGCUGUUCUCCCCUUCUCCCCUGCACAAGCUCGACACCCCUACGCCGUCAGACACCCAGAACGUGAAUGACUGCAUCCGUGCCGAGUAUGAGGCAGAGAUUGAGAACAUCUCCGACUCAGACGAUCCCCUCGAUAUCUUCGACCGCUACGUCCGUUGGACCCUCGACGCAUACCCCUCCGCGCAAGCCACACCGGCGUCGCAGCUGCACACAAUCCUCGAGCGCGCCACCAAAGCCUUCGUCAACUCAGCACAGUACAAGAACGACCCUAGGUAUCUCAAGCUCUGGGUUCUUUACAUUCAGUUCUUCAGCGACUCGCCCCGCGAAACGUUCCUGUUCCUCUCGCGGCACAACAUUGGCGAGACACUGGCCUUGUUCUACGAAGAAUACGCUGCCUGGCUGGAGGGAGCGGGCAGAUGGAACCAAGCUGAGGAGGUCUACAAGCUGGGCAUUGAGCGCGAAGCAAGACCUGUCCAGCGCUUGAUGCGCAAGUUCAAGGAGUUCGAGGAGAGACUCGCCCAACAACCAGAGGAAGCCGUCAGACCCUCCUCGCCAGCACUGCCCACCAUGCGACCGGCUCUGGCCGCCAAGAUCGACCCAUUCGCUGCUGCCCGCGCAGCUGCUGCAGACCCCCAGGCACCCCGCCCGAACCAGGGCGUCGGCGGCCCUGCCUCCAAGCCUGGCAAGGCGAAGAUGGCCAUUUUCUCAGACGCCGAUGCCGCCCCACCGGCACUGUCUGCGCGUGAAUCUGGGUCCAAGGGCUGGGAUUCCAUCGGCUCGUUGGCCGACCGCAAGAAGGAGAACGUGAUGGAGCCCAAGCCGUGGGCGGGUGAGACGUUGAAGGCGGGUGGAAAGAAGAGCACUGCUCCCAAGAUGGCGAUUUUCAGGGAUACGAUGUCAAAGUCUCAUAUUACUCUUGUGCCUGCCAAGAAUCAGAUAGUAGUGAAUCCUGUUAGUGGCAAGAAGGAGCGCAUCUUCAUCAACUUGGAGGCUGUUUACCCUACUCCAGAGGAGCCUGGCUCUGAGCUGGCUUUUGAGGAGAUUUGGGCAAUGAACAGAGGCUGGCUGGGCCGCAACUGGGAUGAAGAGCCUCUGGAUGAGAGCGCCAUUCCUGAAAUGAUGAGUGCCGAGACUUCGGCAGUUGAUAACCUAGGUCACAUGAUGCAGGAGAAGUUGGCAGUCCACACAGAGUCUGUGAUGAUGGACGAGAACGGCGCCAUCAUCAAGCCGAAGGGGAAGAGCAAGAAGAAGAAGGUGAUGGAGGUUAAUGAGACACAAAUUAUCAAGGCGAACCUGGACUCACCCUCCAGGCCGAAGCUCAAGAAGAGGAACACUUCUGAACCAACAAUGACCAUCCAUACCAGGGCUGCGACAGACGAGAUUUACGAGAUCUUUAACCAGCCCAUUCAGUCUGCGCCCCAGGAAGAAGAGGAGGAAGAGGAAGAGGAGAGCGAUGAUGACGACUACGAAACAGACGGCGAUUACACCGAAGCAGAAAGCACCAUUACCACCCGCCAAGUCGAUAUGGACGACGAUGGAGAGGAAGAUGACGACGCUUCGGAUGCGAAGAGUAUCAGUGAAUGGUCCGACUUCUCGACGCGGAAGCAUGUGCCAGACCUCAAUGGCGACGUCACGGAGGCCGACGGAGACAACACGCAAGUCUCUGAUCUCAUGGACCCCAACUAUGUCGAGCCGUCUGAACCAUUGGCCAAUGAUCACACGAGUUCUCGUGAGACAGGAGAGUCGGACGCUGAGGAAGAAGAGGAAGACGAUGAAGACUAUCCGCCCAGGACGAAGACUAUGUUCGUCCCGAUACCGCCUGAGGAUUAUGAGCCAAGGACACGACCGUUUAGAGAUGCGGCGGAGGUGGCUAACAAUCGACUUCCCUUCAUGACCCCCAUUACUGAGAGAACAGAGUCUUCGCUAGCGUUCACCGAACGCAAAGCAAGAUAUGAGACCCCUAGUCGAGACGACGCCGCCUCGACCAUCGACGAAGAGGAGGACGAUGACAUGCAGGACCCUCCCAGCAGUCCCUUGCAAGAAGUGAGCACUUUCAGCCCCGUCAAGAUUCCACAGCCUCUUCUUGGAAAGCCAAAGACCUCCGCGAAACCGGUGUCUCAGAAGGGCCCCAUCAUCAAGGAGCUUCAAUGCAACCCAGUCGACGACGCAGUCAGAAACGAGAUCCUUGAGAACAUGCAGCCUCCUCUAAGCUCAUACCCUGGGUUUUACGACCAUCGUAAUGAAAAGUACGAGAAGGGCAACGACAUUCGCAAAUUCGCCAAGGCCAUGUCCAAGGCAGCCAGGGGAGAGCGUAUGAGCAAUGCCUGCGCACUGGUCACCGUCGAUUUCCCUGACGAUUCAACCCAGUACACCAUUAGGAAGGAACUGGGGGCAGGCGCAUUCGCCCCUGUUUACCUCGUUGAAAACUCCUCUGCCGACGAAGAAGACGAAGACGGCGUCGUCGCCAUGGGCAAGGGAGCAUUCGCCGUCAACCACCGCACCGCCUUGGAGGCGCUCAAGAUGGAACUUCCCCCGUCACCUUGGGAAUUCCACAUGAUGCGCCUCGCUCACACCCGCCUCGGUCCCCAGCACCGUGCAGCCGCCUCCCUCUCAUACGCCCACGAGUUCCAUCUUUACCAAGAUGAGGGCUUCCUGUUCCUUCCCUUCCACCCUCACGGCAGCCUCCUCGAUGUUGUGAACUUCUUCCGUGCGGAGCCAUCAGCCGUUAUGGACGAGCAGCUCGCCAUGUUCUUCACCAUUGAACUCUUCCGCACUGUUGAGGCACUUCACGCUCGCGGUGUCCUCCACGGCGACCUCAAAGCCGACAACUGCCUCCUCCGACUCGAUGGCACCAGCACCAACAGCACCCUCGACACCCAAUACCAUGCCGACGGCACCGGCGGCUGGGACGCUCGCGGUGUGACCCUCAUCGACUUCGGCCGCGGCAUCGACAUGCGCAACUUCGAGCCCGACGUCGGCUUCAUUGCCGACUGGAAGACCAGCGCCCAGGACUGUGCCGAGAUGCGCGAGGGCCGGCCCUGGACGUGGCAGAUUGACUACCACGGCCUCGCUGGCAUCGUCCACUGCCUCCUCUUUGGAAAGUACAUCGAUGCCGUCCGCUGCGAUCAGGGCGGCAUCGGCUCUGGGCGCAAGUACCGUGUGCGCGAGAGUCUCAAGAGGUACUGGCAGACGGACAUUUGGAGCGAGUGUUUCGACGUCCUGUUGAACCCCGGGUCCUUCGUUGCCACGGAGGAGAACGCAAAGAUGCCGGUGUUGAAGAGCAUGCGUGGUGUCAGGGAGAAGAUGGAGGCCUGGCUCGAGGGUAACUGUGAGAGGGGUGUCGGGCUGAAGAGUCUUGUGGGCAAGGUUGAGGCCUUCGCCAAGGGGCGGCGAUGA